CUGCUUUGGCCUUUAACUUCUUUUUCUGCUCUGUAAUUAAAAAGAAAAAAACUGCCUCGUGUGCUCCGUUGGUCCCUUCUCUUUGUAAACCCUCCUUAAUUCUUACACGUCUAUAUCCACAACGCCUACACACAAAUAUAUGGCUCUGUAGAUAAAAAGGAUUCACAAUCUUGCGAAGCAUCUAAAACCUUCAAAACACGCAAAACCCACAUCGCGAACUGAGCGCCCAGGCGAAGACAAGUCGAAGAAGAUGGAAAGCAGCGCCAGUAUAGACAAUAUCAACUACGGUAGUAGCAACGGCAACAGCAGCACGCGCUUGCCUCUAUCGGAGGUUGUGUCAGAUUGCGUCAAGAGGUGGUUCAAAGACACCCUCAAAGAAGCCAAGGCUGGGGAUAUCAACAUGCAGGUUUUGGUUGGUCAAAUGUAUUAUAGCGGAUAUGGAAUCCCUAGAGAUGCCCAGAAGGGAAGAAUUUGGAUGACAAGAGCAUCAAGGACACGGUCUUCAGUUUGGAAAGUUAGUGAUAAGCGUCCAGGUUAUAAUGCAAGUGAUUCAGACUCAGAUGAAUUGAAGGGUGAUUCUCAAUAAACCAAAUUGGUUUCAUGGGCAAAGCACAAUGUGAGCGAGCUGGCAUUCACCUUUUCUAUUAGUCUUCUUGUGCUUAAUCUGUUUUUUUAUUUUUUUUUUUUUUGGUAAGUGCAUGCUGUUUGUUAAUUAUUCAGUAUAGCACUGUUUCUAAGAUAAUGAAAGGCCUUAUUUGUGCCCCAUGCAAUCAACUGUUUGCUUGUAUGAUUUCUAGAGGAUGGUUUUCUGAGAAUUCAUCGCUAAUUACAAAUGUAUUCUCAUACUGAAAUCAAACAUAUAUUGAUGUUGUUUUGUCUGCA